GGCAGCACCGAGCCUCCAUUUCAAGUGAACACAACAAGCCUUUUUAUUAUCGCCUGCGAAGGCAUACCAUAAAGAGACUUCCACGGGCAAUGCACUCCGCGACCGCCGCGACCUGCCUGCUCGCGGCCAGCCUCGGCUGCUUCCUGUACGGCCGCGAUGUCUUACUGUGGCCGCUCCGUGUCUUUCUGGCAGAGCCGUCCUCCAUGCCCGAGCCGGGGGCUGCUCCCAGGCGGAGCCCGCAGGGAGUUCCGUACACCGACCUGAAGCACAUGGUCAACGCCGAUGGACUGCACCUGUUCUGUCGCUACUGGGAGCCAGUCGGCCCGCCAAGGGCACUGGUGUUCAUCGCCCACGGGGCCGGGGAGCACUGUGGGCCAUACGAUGAGAUUGCAGAGAGACUGAAGGAGCUGUCCCUGCUGGUCUUUGCGCAUGACCAUGUUGGCCAUGGUCAGAGUGAAGGAGACAGAAUGAACAUAAAGGACUUCCAGAUGUACAUCCGAGACUCACUGCAGCACAUCGACUUGAUGAAGUCUCGCCACCCUGGCCUACCUGUCUUCAUUGUGGGUCAUUCAAUGGGUGGCGCUAUAUCCAUCCUUACAGCUUGUGAGAGGCCUACUGAAUUUACUGGAGUGGUUCUGAUUGGUCCCAUGGUCCAGAUGAACCCUGAUGCAGCCACACCAUUUAAGGUUUUCCUGGCCAAGGUUUUGAAUCACAUGCUGCCCAAUUUUACUCUGGGCUCCAUUGAGUCCAAAUGGGUCUCACGGGACAAGAAACAGGUUGAGGCUUAUGACGCCGACGAGCUGAACUACCAUGGAGGGAUGCGUGUGUCGUUCGGCCUGCAGCUAAUGGGGGCGGUGGAUCGCAUCGAGAGGGAGAUCUCGUCUAUCAGCUGGCCCUUCCUGCUCCUGCACGGUGACUCUGACAAGCUCUGUGACAUCCGAGGCUCCAAAAUGAUGUUUGACAAGUCUCCCAGCUCAGACAAGAAACUAAAGGUCUACGAGGGAGGCUACCACGCCCUUCACCACGACUUGCCGGAGGUGUCGGAGUCCGUGCUGAACGAGGUGACCGGAUGGAUCACAGAGCGCCUUCCCAACACCACAUAGCCAUCACUACAAGGCUUGUAGACUUGCGUAACGUAGAGAGGCCAGUCAAAACUCCAAGGAAACCACAUUCUUAAAAAUAUACUGUACAAUAUAUAGCGCUAUGGUUUAACUAACAGUCAGCCUAAACCAUACUGGUUGAAAAUAGAUGUACAAGUUCAAGUUGCAGUAUGCUCAGGUUUGUCGUGCAAUAAUGACCUUUAUUUGUUUGGGCAUAUAAUGUCAGUUGUCCUCAUCAGCUUUCCCCAGAUGAAUGUAUUACAAAUGACACAUGAAACUUGAUAGAAAUUCCAAAUCCUCUCCUCCACAUUUCCUGGUCAUAAUUAGUUUUAUGCAAAUAUUAGUUCAUAUACUUUAUUGAAUAGGGGAUGUGCUAAGGAAAAAAAAAGGUUUGUGUAUCUAGUUUUUAUUUUUAUUGUGAGAUGCCAUUAUUGGCUAUUUUCUUCAUUUGUCAAUGAAUCAUGCAUGAAUGGCAUAAUUUUACAUAAUUUUGGCAAAUCCAAAAUUUGGAUGAACUCCACAAUACACACUGGGAAUUAAUCUGGUGAAUGACAGUGUUUUGUUUUUUUAAAUAAGAGACAUCUGACAGGUGUCCCCUUAGAAUCCACUUAAUAUAUACUCGUUGCUCAUGCUGAUCUACACAUUAAAAGUCCAUAUUUAAUGUGAUGUAACUGAGAAGAUUCCUGCAAAACUGAAAAGAGAUUAAUUUCUGGAUAUCUUUUCUUAACUAUAUUUACCUGUUCUUUUUUACACGGACUCCAUCAAACCUUCAAAGAGUCUGAUAUGUUUUCCCCUUUGUUUGAUUGAGUUGCCAUGGUGACAGGCAGGCUUUGUCCAUACCAUCAGCAAGGCCACUUUUUCCAGCGCAGCCUCACCCAUGCUGCCUGUAGUGGCCAGUAUCCUACAUGGAUUUGCUCAUGCAAAGUCAAAUGAUUGCUGUCCUCAACUAGAUCGCUCUUGAAAGGUGUGUAAAUAAGGCCACAAAUUAUAUAAUCUUGUUAUUUACCCAUGAUACACCCUCUUAGCAGAUUUUGUGAAAGUCAGACCUAUUAGUCUAAGCAUAAACCUUCUAAUUGACUAGUGAAAAAAGUUAAUUGUGCAUAAAAUACACAAAUAUUUUGAUAAUUGAUUUUAUAAUGCAAUUAUAUGCUCAUUACAUAAUAUUAAUACAAACUACAAAUAACUUAAAAAACAAAUGAAAACAAUUUAAAAACUAAAUAUUAAUUCAGACAAAUAAUAAAAUGUGAUGAACCCUAAAAUCAUAACAAUGCUGUAUAUGAUAAAAAAAAAUUCAUCUUGAGGUUGCUUGAAAAUCAUUAGAUAAGCACGUUCACGACUGCGGGUAGAGCACACACAUGCAUUAUACAGACCUGAAUGGAUUUGGUACAAGAGACUGAGAGGUUUCGGUGUUUCUAAAUGAUCAAAAAACGCGGUCCGUCACAUGACAAGAGUGCAUUUUACCGCACAACAUUAGCAUAUCAUCACCGCUGGGGGGCGGGGAGUGAUUGAGUGGAAGAAGAGGAGAUGGUCGCUGGUCGUAACCAUGGCAGCACUUUUUCUUUUUUUUUUUUAAACAUCCCAUUAAUUGUACAGCAUGCGAAACAGAGGAUGCUGCGCUUUUAGGCCCUGCUUUGUUCUACUGACGCUUGGAGGAGUUUCUUUUGUUUGAGCUUUGAUAGAUGAGCAAGGAUAGUGAGCAUCAUUGGUACACAGUGUAAUGACAGUAACAGACACUGAAUUCAAAUCAGGUUGCUAUGCUGUUUGAGCUAAAAUCCACAUCUCUUUUCAGAUUGAACAUCCAUCCAUCCAUUUUCUACACCGCUUAUCCUCACUAGGGACGCGGGUGGGCUGGAGCCUCUCCCAGCUAAUUGUGGGCUGGAGGCGGGGUACACCCUGAACGGGUUGCCAGUCAAUCGCAGAGCACAUUUAAACAAACAACCAUUCACACUCACAUUCAUACCUAUGGACAAGUUAGAGUCUUCAAUUAACCUACCGUGCAAGUUUUUGGGAUGUGGGAGGAAACCGGAGUAUCCGGAGAAACCCCACACAGGCACAGGGAGAACAUGCAAACUCCACGCAGGCGAGGCCGGAUUCGAACCUGGGUCCCAGGAACCCUGUGAGGCAGAUGUGCUAACCAAUUGUCCACUGUGCCGCCCAGAUUUGACAUAUGCAGACAAUAUACAUUUCCUCUUAAACAUCUGUGUCAAUAUCCACAUGUAACAAUUGUUGCUAGGCAGAGUUUGUGUGGCAACAUUAGCCAGCAGAGCCUGCAACUAAUACUAAUGGGUGCAGCAACAUAAAAUAGAAUUGCUCAGAUUUUCCCCUGGUCUUGUCACAAGAUAGUAUCAGAAUCAGAAUCAUCUUUAUUUGCCAAGUAUGUCCAAAAAACACACAAGUAAUUUGUCUCCGGUAGUUGGAGCCGCUCUAUUACGACAACAGAAAUUUACAGAACACUUUGGAGACAGAAAGACAUUGACAAAAAGAAAACAGUCACUGAGCAGUAAAGGGUUGCUAGUUAUCUGGUAAUGCCGGUACAUUUUUUUUUUUUUUUUUUUUGGACAAUUGUGCAAAAAGAUGCAGAGUCCUCUAGCACUUAGAGCAGUUCAAAUGACUAAUAUUGCAAUAGUCCGGUGCAAUGACCAUUGUGGAAAGGGCGCUGAGACUUCAAGGAGUGUAUGCGGUUUAAAGUGACGAGUAGUGCGAUAAUCUGGGACAAUGUUGGUUGUGCAAAUGUUACAGAUACUCCUCAAUCAGUGUGCAAAUGGAGCAGAUGCUACUCUGGCAUGAGUGGCCAGUAUAUGCAAAUAGUGCAGCAUGGCGAGACAACUACAGUGAGUGCACGAGUAAUACAUAAUUGGCCCCGCAGAAAUGUGACAACGAACUCAAGUCAAAAAAUUUCCAGCAUGUUGUAAUGGAAUUGUAGGUCAGGUGUUUAAGAAGUUGAUCGCAAGAGGGAAGAAGCUGUUGGAAUGUCUACUAGUUCUAGUUUGCAUUGAUCGGUAGCGCCUACCUGAGGGAAGGAGCUGGAAGAGCUGGUGACCGGGGUGCGGAGGGUCCGAGAGGAUUUUGCAUUCCCUUGUCUUAGUUCUGGCAGCGUGCAAGUCCUCAAUGGUGGGUAGUGGGGUACCGACAAGCCUUUCAGCAGUUUUGAUUGUCCGUUGCAGUCGGAGUCUGUCCUUUUUUGUAGCAGCACCAAACCAGACUGUGAUGGAAGAACACAGGACUGAUAGGAUGACCGCUGUGUAGAACUGUCUCAGCAGCUCCGGUGGCAGGCCUUGUUCCUUGGCAAAACCCGGGGGCACGAUUAGCUCGACAUAAAGCCCAGCAACAGAAAAUGAGUAUGGUCACUUGUUGCUCGGAAGAAUUCGUUAGCACAAUUAGCUACAGUCCCCUCCCAAAAGUAUUGGAGCGGCAAAGUCAAUUCAUUUGUUUUUGUUGUAUACUGAAGACAUUUGGGUUUCAGAUUAAAAGAUGAAUAUGAGACAAACGUUCAGAAUUCCAGCUUUUAUUUCAUGGUAUUUACAUCUAGGUGUGUUAAACAAAUCAGGAGAGCACAUUUUGUUUGAACCCACCCACUUUUCAAGUGAGCAAAAAUAUUGGAACAUGUGACUGGUGGUUUUUUUGUAGUUGCUCAGGUAUUGCCUUUUAGAUUUAUUACUUAAACAUUAGAUAGUGCUUGUUUUUGGCUUUGGGUUUCACUUGUGAAAACUGCAUUUUCUCUUAAGCAAACAUGAAGACCAGAGAGCUGACAAUGGGUGAAAAGCAAACCAUUUUGAAGCUGAGAGAAGAGGGAAAAUCGAUCAGAGCUAUUGCACAAACAUUGGGCAUAGCCAAUACAGCAAUUUGGAAUGUUCUGAAAAAGAAAGAAACUACUGGUAUACUGAGCAACAGACAUUGAACAGGUCACCCAAGGGUAUCAACAGCAGAUGAUGACAGAAACAUUGUGAAAACUGUAAAGAAACACCCAAAGGAAACAGACGUGACAUCACUACCAACCUCACAGGGCAGGGGUGAAGGUAUCACAAUCCACAGUUCGAAUAAGACUUUGAGAGAAUAAAUAUACAGGCCAUACCAGAAGAUGCAAAUCACUCAUCAUAAGAAAGAAUCGGAAGGCCAGAUUGGAUUUUGCAAAGACGUACCGAGAUGAGCCACAAAGGUUUUGGAACAAAGUUUAAUGGACUGAUGAGACCAAGAUGAACUUUUACCAAAGUGAUGGAAAGGCCAAAGUAUGGAGAAAGAAAGGAUCUGCUUAUGAUCCAAAACACACAAGCUCAUCUGUGAAGCAUGGUGGAGGUAAUGUCAUGGCUGCUUCUGGAGCGGGCUCACUAGUAUUUAUUGAUGAUGUAAUUCAUGAUGGUAGCAGCAGAAUGAGUUCUGAAGUCUACAAAACCAUUAUGUCUGGCAAUUUACAGAAAAAUGCAUCCAAACUAAUCGGGAGAAGCUUCAUCAUGCAACAAGACAAUGACCCAAAACACACUGCCAAAACAACAAACGACUUCAUCAGGGGGAAAAAAGGGGAAGGUCUUAGACUGGCCAAGUCAAUCACCGGAUCUUAACCCAAUAGACCAUGCAUUUUACCUCCGGAAGAGGAGACUGAAGGGAGAAACCCCCAGAAACAAUCAAGAACUGAAAGAGGCUGCAGUCAAGGCUUGGAAAAGCAUUUCAAAUGAAGAAUUCAAUGGGUCGCAGGCUUGAUGCAGUUAUUGCAAGUAAGGGUUAUGCCACCAAAUAUUAAAUGUUAUUCACUUUAAGUUAAUUUAAUCAUCUAUGUUCCAAUACUUUUGUUCACUUGAAAAGUGGGUGGCUUAAAAAAAAUGUGCUCAGUCCUGAGUUAUUUAACAAACGUAUCGGUAAAUACCGUGAAAUAAACGCUGGAAUUCUGAACUUUUGUCUCACUGAAACCCAAAUGUCUUCAGUAUACAACAAAAACAAAGGAGUUGACCUUGCCGUGCUUUUGGAGGGGACUGUCACUAACAGAUUGCUUGCUCAGAUUUUUUUCCCCAUGUUAUGGCACACAUUUGUAUUGGUCGCUUGUUCCUAGGCAGAGUUCGUGGGGGACCACCAACCAGCAGACCCAGCAACACAGACAAUAAUUGGCCAUGUCAAAAAAUUUUAUUGGUUGCUUAAUUGUGUAAAAGAUUCCGUGGGACACAAUAAGAUAGCAAGAAGCAACACUGAAAGUAACUGGUCACAUCAUACACACACAUUGCUUGGGUCCAUUUGUUGCAAGGUAUAAUUGCUGGCCACUAGAGGCAAUGCUGCCUCUAGUGGCCAGUGUCCUACAUGGAUUUCCUCGUGCAAAGUCAAAUGAUUGCUGUCCUCAACUAGAUCGCUAUUGAUAGGUGUGUAAAUAAGGCCACAAAUUAUAUAAUAAGCCACCUUAUUAUAUAAAUGUAAGAUUAUCUUAUUAUUAUCUUAUGCCACCUUUUGGUAGGCAGAAUGCCCCCCCCCCCCCCCCCCCCCCAAAAAAGCUGAAAAGUAAUGGCUGUUACCCAGUCCCACUCCCCAUUCUGUUUUGUUGGCAACUUUAGGUAAAAGGUCAUGGUUGCCCCCACACAGCAGAGAAAGGACAGGGAGAGUAUGCACAAGACAGUCAGACACCUGCCAUGGAAUUUACUCCAAAAAAUACUUUCUUUAUGAGACAAGUUUAUUUUUAACUGAUUAACUAUUGUUGUAUCAGAACGAAUGUAUCAAGCCUGUUUUGACAGCAGAAACCAUCUACUGGCUCAGUUACAGAUCAUAAGAUGGUGAACGUAUAUCAGAAUCAAUCUUUAUUUGCCAAGUGUGUCCAAAACACACAAUGAAUUUGUCUCCGGUAGUUGGAGCCGCUCUAGUACAACAGACAGUCAAUUUACAGAACACUUUGGGGACAUAAAGACAUUGACACGAAAGUUGGUGACAGAAAGUCCGGAGUAGCCUCCUUGAUGGUUAGCAGGUCUCCCCUUGUGUAAGUGAGUCGUGUAAGGUCUCCAAAGACGGACGAAAAACACCAAAACAAAGACAAUACUAGAGAGCGCGUUACCGAGGCGACCACACUGUCUACCUGUUCACAUUCACUUUUAUAAACUAUACAAGCAUGAUCUUUUUUUUUUUCAGCUUUGCCAUGCUUAGAAAUUAGCCAUGAAUAAUUAAUGUUCUGUUACAUAGUAUAUACAGGUUGUAUGUAAACAAGAGUACCCAUUUAUACAUAAAAACCAACAAGACUGUUAAGUAUCCUUAUAUAGUCUCUUAUAUUAGAUAAGAAAUAUAAUUUUAUGUACUUGGGAAAUUACUGAAUGGUUUGCAGCAGAAGUCAGUCGUGCUGAUUUAUUUUCUCAACCAUGACUUUAUGAUAUUUUUUUUUUUUUUUUUUUUUUUUUUUUUUUUUUUUUAAGUGUGAAGGACCUUGAUGGGUAAGCGGAACGGAAGAUGAAUGAAUGGACCUUGAUGGGUGAGAUUCCAAAAUAGUGUAAUUUAAUGGCAGCAUACCUUUCUGAUCUGGGCUGCAAAAUGUUAAUAUAUUUUCCUGUUCUAUUUAUGAGAACCUAAACUAUAAUAAUCUUAACAUCACUAGUGGGGCAUUUUGGAAAGUGUACUGUUUUUUUAACAAGAUUGGUUUAUUUUUAAUGGGUGUUUUUGUGAAAAACUAACACUGUACAAUAGCAGUGCUAAUAAAAUAUUUUUUGGGGGGGGAGUUACAAUUAUUUACAGGCUAGUUACUGAUUAAAUUUUCAGGAUAAUGCACUUUUUUAUACCUUGUAUCACAAGUGUAAUUUGUAACUUUUUAACGUGGGAGCUGGUUCUAUGCUGUCCCAACAAAUGUAUGACCAUGUGUGUCAUGAAAUUGCCUAAAGUUUUUUAAUGUUCAGUGUUUAAAUCAACAUUGCAUUUUGCAGAUUGUGAUUCUUAAAAAACAAAAACAAACAUAAAAAACGUUGGGACUUUUCUCUUCUUGGCAUGUUUUGCUUAAUUCCAAACCCUGCAUGCUGGGACAAAUGUAACAACAAAUGUAAAGUUUUCAGGAAAGGAACUCAUUUGCAUGUAUGUGAUAAUGAAAUUGACAUCGAUUGAGCCCAAAAACUUACUGUAGUUCAAAAAUAGUUUCUGACCACUGCAUUGUGUUUCUGAGAAAUUAAGGACAACGGGACCUUAUAUUGUAUUCUUUUAUGGUGUGUAGUGUUGUCUGUGCCUUAUUGAUAUGACACCAUGACCAAGUGUGAGCAUGUUGGUGCAAUAACCUCUAAAUCCACCAGGCUGUGUUUGAUGAACACCUAUGUAGUUUAACAGAUUGGUUACUGUUACUAUUGUCCAUCCGUCUGUCACUGCACCAAGUAUAUUCCUAAAUAAGUGUAUUUGUCUAAGAUCCUCUUUUUAUGUGUCCUAAAAUAAAUAAAUAAAUGAGCACUUUUGCUGUAAA